AUGUCAUCCUUCCCCAUUCAGCCCACGUUGUAUGAGAACUCAUGUCUGGUGCGGUUCUCGGAUUCCCAGAGCCUUCUUUUCUCUAUUGCGAUUCCCUUCUUUGGUACACAUUCAACGCAUACCGAGAACGACCGCUCCCUAUGCCGGUGGAAAUACCUUUCCUUCGGUGUCGCUACUCACCGUGCGGAAGAUUGGACUGUCGCCUGCCUGCUGAAGUCUGAAUCUGUCUGUCAGUCUCGAAAUUGCGGACAUGUAUUGAAUCUUGAGCGUGGGCGGCGAUUUCAGGAAUGGACAGUUGUUGCGCGACUCUGGGGGUUUCAGGAGUCAACUAAUUCUCUGGGCUGUAAAGUUGCUGCUUCGAAACGUGGCACACGAAUUGCUGUGGCAAACUGGAAGCGCCUCUAUAUUUGGGCCUUGGAGCCGGACGCACUUAUUGAACAGAAUGGGAAUGGCUUCUAUCCACCUUCAUCACGGUCAGAAAGAUGCGAUAUGAUUGAACUGCGGCCUAUUGUUCUCUCUCUGGAUGCUGUCUGCUUUAAGCUGCAGUUCACGCAUAAUGAAAACGAACUCGUGGCUAUUACGGACAGGGGGAUUGUGUACUGGGAUGUCGGUCCAUUUGGAAGAGGUCAACGGAAAACGCAACAGUUGGUCAUUUAG